GAUCAUCGCGUGUCUCUGACGUUGACAUCUUUUGAACGACGCAUGAAUCAAUCAUCAUCAAUAUCAACGCUCAAGAUGACUUACGACCACACACCAUCUUCAACAUGGCAGUCUCCUCACGUGUGGCCGCUGUGACGGGCGCCAACAAGGGCAUUGGCCUGGCAAUUGUCCGCCAACUCGCCCUCCAAUACCCCAAAUCACCCCUCCGAUCAGGUCCCUUCCUAAUCUACCUAACAGCCCGCUCAGCAGAACGAGGCGCCGCCGCAGUAAAAGAACUCCAAAACGACCCCCAACUCAAAAACGCCAAAGUCCUCGAACAAGAUGGCGGACAAACAACCAUCUCCUACCACCCUCUCGACAUCAGCCAAACCAAAAGCGUCCAAGACUUCCGCGAUUACCUGCACAAAGAACACCCCAAAGGCAUCGACAUGGUCAUCAACAAUGCGGGGAUUGCGCUACAAGGCUUCGACGGCAAUGUAGUGAAAGAGACGCUGCAGACGAAUUACUACGGCUCGCUAGAAGCUACGCAGGAUUUCUUGCCGUUGCUUAGAGAGGGAGGGAGAUUGGUGAAUGUGUGCAGUAUGGCGGGGAAAUUGAAUAAGUACUCGGAGGAAGUGCGACAAGCGUUUGUGGAUGCGAGUAAAUCUGGGGUGCCAGAUGUUACUGCUCUAAUGCAACGAUUCCAAAAAUCGGUUGAUGAGGGCCGGGAGAAAGAGGAUGGAUUCCCGUCGGCUGCGUAUGCUGUGUCGAAGGCGGGGGAGAUUGCUUUCACGAAGGUGAUUGCUGCGGAAGAGAAGAAGAAGGGAAGGGAUGUACUUGUUAAUGCUUGUUGUCCCGGCUAUGUCAAGACGGAUAUGACAAGAGGUGGAGGCCGGAAGACAGUCGACGAGGGAGCGCAGACGCCAGUUCUGCUGGCUUUGCACGACAUUGGCGGCAAGACGGGUGAGUUCUGGCAACAUGAGGAUACCAUUGAGUGGUAG